UCACGCACACUAUUCAACACUCCUAUUGGAUGGAUUAUACGGUCCGCUUAUCGUUAAGGAACCAGAGGACCACAAAAUUUUCGGAUACGUUGAUGAGACCACGAUUAUGAUGUCCGAUUGGUAUUAUUACCAGUCCGAACAAAUUGAGGAUGCAUAUAGAUACUAUAACAACUUACAUUCAUAUCUCGAUCCAAUACCUGAGACCGUUCCGGAUAGUGGUUUGAUUAACGGGAGAAAUGGGGAAUGCCCUCGUCAGCAUGGUUGCAAAUACAACGAAGGAUUUUCGGAAUUUAUUUUUGAGAAAGGAAAAAGAAUUCGCAUCCGCUUAAUUAAUGCAAGCUCGAUGUCUUCAUUUUUAUUCUCGGUCGACGAUCAUCUUAUUCAAAUAAUUGAAGUCGAAGGAACACUUGUUAAGCCAUCCGAAAAAUUACAUUAUAUAUCGAUCGGUGUAUCUCAACGAUAUUCUAUAAUCAUUAGUCAAGUUAAUAAUUCAACAUCAACCAAUAAUUAUUGGAUGCGGGCAACUUUUCAGGCGAAAUGCCUAAGGUCCACCACUCCGCAGGAAAAAUUAAGGAAACUUCCAAAGGAAGUCAAAGCAAUCGUUCGCUAUAACUUAAACGAUAAAUCUAUACCACGAACUAAAUCCUGGGUUAACGAAUCAGUAGGGUGCAUCGAUAGUGAAUUAAAAGGAUUAAUCCCAUAUUACGAGCAAAAUGUAUUAAGCCCAACUGUCGAGUUAAAGUUGCAGAUAAUUAUGGGUGUUAAUAAUUCAAUGGUGAAUCCAACACCCCUUAGUUCUGUAGCCUCAUUAUCAAGAGGAUUCAAUCCUUCUAUUUUUCUUCGUGACUCAAAUACCCUUCUAGAGUUGUACCGAGGGACCGAGUUUAAUAUUUCGUUAAAUUUUUAUGAAUUCGAGAAGAUCGAAGUCGUUGAUAUUUUUUUGAUAAGUAGUAAUAGUUUUAAGUGCUCUAUUGGUAUUGUGCAUUUAUAA